CAGGUUUGAGCCUCAAAGACAUGAGCCAGGGGGUGUAGCGGGGCGUACGCGUCUGCAUCAAGGUGUGUGCGGGUGUGAGAAGGUGUAGCAGAGUGCAGGAGCGUGUUGCCACGUGAAUAGGACUGUUGGAGGACCCGAUGGAGAAGUUUCAGGCUGCCAUGGUUCUGGGCGGCGUGGGCGAUGCACUCGGAUACCGUCAAGGUCACUGGGAGAGCUGCACUUCGGGCAGGAAGAUUCAGGAGGAGCUGGCCGCUCUGGGGGGGCUGGAGGGCCUUAAGCUGGACCCAGAAAAGUGGCCUCUGAGCGAUGCGACCCUGAUGCACAUGACCACUGCAGAGGCACUCAUCACAGACUUCUGGUGUCUGGAGGACCUUUACAGGGAGCUUGUGCGGCUGUACGUGGAGGCCAUGACCUUGCUGCAAGGCCGUGCACCAGAUCCCAGCACCGUGGAGGGCUGCGCGCACCUCAAACCCAAUAACUUCCUGCUGGCAUGGCACACGCCCUUCAACGAGAAAGGGUCUGGGUUUGGGGCAGCCACCAAGGCCGUGUGUGUGGGGAUGCGGUACUGGCAGCCAGAGAGGCUGGACAACCUGGUGGAAGUGAGCAUCGAGACAGGCCGUAUGACUCACAACCACCCCAUAGGGUUCCUGGGCUCUCUGUGCGCGGCGCUCUUUGCCUCCUAUGCAGUGCAGGGCAAGCCACUGGUGCGCUGGGGUCGUGACCUCAUGAAGGUCAUUCCAAAGGCAGAGGAGUACUGCAAGAAAACCAUUCGGCACAUGGCAGAAUACCAGGAGAAGUGGUUUUACUUUGAAGCAAAGUGGCAAAUGUAUCUGGAGGAGAGAGGCAUUGAAGAGGAUGACCAGAACAAACCCCUGUUUCCUGACCGCUAUGACCCUGAGGAGACAGACAAGAUGUACAAGCGCUGGAGCUCAGAGGGGCGGCCUGGGCGGAAAGGGCAUGACGCACCCAUGAUUGCCUACGAUGCACUCCUGGCCUCGGGGUCAGACUGGACUGAGCUGUGCAAGCGGGCCAUGUUCCACGGAGGUGAGAGCUGUGCCACCGGGCUGAUCGCUGGAUGCCUGUACGGCCUGCUUUACGGGUUGAACAAGGUUCCUGCGGCGCUCUACCAGAACCUGGAGAAGCGGGAGCGUCUGGAGGAGCUCGGGAGCAAGCUCCACAAAGCUGCAGAGAAGUAAUGUCACCUUUCUGGGCGUCAGAGGAAAUGCACACAAUGCCAGGGCUGCUCCCCACUCCCAUGCUACCCCUGUGUCUCCUAUCCCUCUCUCUCUGACAUCAUAACUGUACCCACAAUCCCUUUCUCUUUGGUAGCCACUCAUCUGUAUGCUAACUACAUGCUAUAUUUAAGUGCUACUGUGCCCCUUUUAAUGAAAAUUCCAAAAUUAAUAUAUACACGA